AUGACAACAGCAACAAUCUCCAUCAGAAAUCCAAAGGAUUUGGCGUCCUUAAAGUCUAAGAAUCAUCGGGCGAGCCUUAGGGGAUUACGAUGUUCUCUGAUGGCCUCUGAAGAACAGCGGGUUGCACUCCUCAACUUGGCUUCGGAUGCCAACUUGGUUGGGAGCAGCAUGGAAGAAACUUCACGGUUCAUCAAAGCCUCUGCCCAAACCUGCAUCCCCAAGUUCUCAACGGAAGAAGUUGUGGUGGGAGAGCUGGUGGGAAAGGGUGGAUUCAACGUUAUUUUUGCGUUGGAUGCAGUUGUGCUGCGGGAUGAUUCUAGUAGCAGCUGUGAUUCUCAAAGGCCAACAGACGCCGAAGCCAAGCAGCGAGAGAGCGAUGAGUUUCGCUUCCGUCAAGACCGACAACUGCAAGAACGGCGUCUUGCCUUUGCCAGCACGGUCAACCAACAUAAGGAUAAUCAUCAGUACGUAGUCAAGUUCCUUGUGCCGGACUUGAAAUUGAACAAACUCAAAAGUGGGGCUCUCGACCUAGUGCGAGAAGCCAAAAUGAUGGCAAGUAUGGAGCACAAGAACAUCAUUACACUCCGGGGGCUAGCCGAAGACAGUGCUGAGGGUCACUUUCUGGUCAUGGACCGACUGUCGGAGACACUAUUAGAACGGUUAACGCGGUGGAAGAGAACACAUCGCACAGGUCCCCUCCAGGCAAUAUUGAAGAGCAAGAAGCAACGGCGACAUUCCAUGUCGUGUUUCUUCCUACAACGCUUCAAUGUUCUGUUGGAACUUGCCUCGGCAUUUGUUUACCUUCAUUCCAUCAACGUUGUGUACAAAGACGGCAAAUUGGAGAACUGUGGCUUUGCCCAGAAGGAUGGAUGUCUCAAGUUGUUCGAUUUCGGCUUGGCCAAGGAACUCCACAAGUACCCCAGAGUAUCUCCAGACUCUAAUCUUUAUCACGUUGGCAGCUUUGGAGGUACCCACCCUUACAUUGCGCCUGAGAUUGCCAAAGGCCAGCCCUAUGGUCUCAGUGCCGACGUGUACACCUUCUCUAUCAUUUGUUUUGAAGUGUUGACGAUGCGAGAGCCAUUUGCCAACCUUAUGGAAGAUGAAUACGCAGACCGAGUGGUCUUUGGCAAUCAACGACCCAGGCUUCCCAAGACCAGUAGCACUUGGUCGCCUGAACUGAAGCAGCUCCUCGCCGAAUGUUGGAGCCCUGAUGCGGAUGCCCGACCCACCAUGGAUCAAGUGUUGUCCCGCCUGCAAGGGAUCCGAGGUCCAUUCUAA